AAUAUCUUCUAUACUAAUUUUGCCUAAAUAAGUUUGGUCCAUAUAGAAGAAAAAUAAAAAGUGUCCCAUAUCAGUUGAGCUAAAUGUAUACAAUAACAUUUUAUAAAACACACAUUGUAACAAAUUAAAAUUGCAUAUACUGGCCUAUUUAGUGAUGACAUAACUGACCCGUUUUCAAUACAUUGGGGAUAUGCUAUGACCCAAUUACUAGCUGUGGCCAUUUUUCCAUUUGUUGCUCUCUGUCACUUUUUAGGGAAAUGUUAAUUAUUUGUAUGUCAAAAUAAUAAUAAAGGUAAAAAAAGGUAAGGUGAAGGAAGUUGUUUUGAGGUUAUUUAAAAAUAUUUAUUUUUUAUGAUACUAUUGAUAAAAUGAUGAAAUUGAGCAUGGAAUAAUUUCUGCAGCCAUGCAUGCAUAAAUUAUAUUUGUAAAUUUAACAAGCAAAUAUUGUCAGUUACAUACAUGCAGUACGUAUGUAUGCAAACCAGUUUAGAGCAACAUUUUGUUGAUCUAACCUAAUUAAUUGAUCAAAUAACAAAAAUUCCAUAAACUUUGCCAUUUUUAUCCAACGUUUAAAAAUUUUAACGAUCUCCCUGAGACGUAAAAGGUAACCACCCAGUCUAGCAGAUUUAAAUUUAAACGUAAUUAUACAACACGUUUAAGGAGGUUUAAGUUAAAUGCUUGAUUUUAAACGUUGAUUAGUGCUAUAGAUCUACGCCCCUUAUGCAAACGGGUAAUAUGGAAUAUCGGGCGUACAAAUUACAAUAAAAAGUUACAACGCUUCUUAUCUAAAAGUAAAAUACUUACUUUCACUUUGUUUGGUCACCGUCUUCACGGACCUCUUCUUUUCGGACUCCAUCACAAUUUCAGUAUUUCAAACUCUGUGCACUCCGAAGAAACUUGCAGAAAGAUCUUGAAACCGUUAGUAACUUUUAAUUAGUACAACCUCGCACUACUGGGAAGUUUCGCGCCUAGACGCGCAGAGCCUGUCACGUGACCUUCACUCAAGACGCAAAGUUGGAUCUGCACGUGAACUCCCAGAAACUAACGAAGUUUGCGUCGUGUAUGCGCUUAGAAGGUAAGUGGAUAUUUAGGGCAUUUUUCACUGCGAUGAGUCUUAUGUGCGUACAUUAAAGUGCCAUUAAUUAUUUUAGAUAGGUUGCGACACGUUUUCUUCAAUUUCACUGCAGAUCUUUUGGCCCAAUCUGCCGUAGAAACGCAAAUCUUACGUAACACUGCAUUCGAUCAUUCAGUUGUUGAAAACGGGAUUAUUCUACAUAAAUGUGUAAAAGUCAGAUUUUAAUCAUCCUAAAUGAAUCAUGUUCUAAAGCGUUAAAUUAGCGGUAUAAGAAUCGUUGGGAGAGGGCUUUGUGCUGUAUAGCCUAGUUUGGCCUGGGGACGCUCCUUUCUGAAUAGCAUUGAGAAGGGAAAAUAUGUACGCUUAAUUGUACGUUAAAUAGAUAGAUAUACUGAUGGAUAGAUGUUAGCUUUUGGUCAUGUCUAUCAAGAUCCAAUCAAGUGUAUACAAAAAAUAAUCAAGUGAAUAGCAAGACCGUGAAAAAAAUUUUCUCACUUUUAUUGAGACGAGCGUAUCGCGAUUUCCCACCCCAGAUUAGAUCAACUUAUUAAAAAAAAAAAGCAUGUGGGCUUUUGUGGUUAUGAUAAAAAAGUUUUGUACAUAUAAAGCCUACAUGUUGCCACGUAGAAUUAUUUUCUAAGUGACCAUCAUUUCAGAAAUGGAAGAAACCUCGAGCUCAGAUACUACACUCAAAAGACGUGGACCAUAUAAAAAGUCACUAAUUGGAUUAAAAUCGCCAAGAACAACGCUUUGGCGAAAUAAAUCUGCAGUAAAGUCCUCUGACGACAGUUAUGAAGUUGAGGAUGAUGAUAAAGGGAUAUUUUCUGAAGCUCCUGUGGAUGAUGGUUGCAGAUACGAAUGUUAUGCUGAUGAUGAGGAUGAAGUUGUCUCAGACGAAGAAAAAUCUGGAGAUGAAUAUACUUACAGAGAGCCUUCUGGUCCAGCGCAUGAGCCUUUGUACCAGGGAGCCAGGCUGACAUUGUUUGAAAGUAUGCUGCUGAUCAUGGUCUUCAUUAUGAGGCAUCAGUUAUCUGGGGAAGCUACCAAUGAUCUUUUAAUGUUAUUGGAACUGCACUGCUUGAUGCCCAACAUGUGUAGACGCAGCAUACAUCUUUUUUAUUCAUUUUUCAAUGAGCUGAAGACCCCAGUACAGAAACAUUUUUACUGCAAGUUUUGUAAUACCUACCAUGGUCCCACAAGUCAACCAAUUUGCACCUCAUGUAACAAGCAGGAAGAAGGAUAUUUUAUGUACAUUCCACUGUUUGGGCAACUGCAGUCUAUUCUCACAGGUGUAUCUAAGUACUCAUUAGUACCAAGCCUCAGCAGAUCAGAACAGUCUAAUGACAGAAUUGAAGAUGUGUAUGAUGGCAAACUGUACCAACACUACUUUCAAGAUGGUUACUUUUUGGGAACAAGUGAGGAGCAAAAGACCAGGGAGGUGCACUUGUCCCUACAGUUUAACACUGAUGGGGUCUCAAUAUUUAGAUCUUCAUCAUUCAGCAUAUGGCCAGUUUAUCUUACCAUUAAUGAGCUAAACAGUGAAAAAAGGUACAAAGCUGAAAAUCGUAUAUUUUCUGGGCUUUGGUUUGGGGAACAGAAGCCAAUAAUGAACAUCUUUUUGAAGCCACUUGUGGAGGAACUGUCUAUGUUGUAUAGUAAAGGAGCUGAAAUAACUUUGGAUGGUCAGCCAUUCCUUCUCCGAGCUAUGUUACUUAGUAUUGUCUGUGAUGCUCCUGCCAAGUGUUUAGUACAGAAUUUCACACAGUUUAAUGGAUUUUUCGGCUGCGGUUGCUGCUUGCAUAAAGGUGAAAGUGUGAAAACAAGUGCAAGGGGGUCCAUGAUGGCAUUUCCAUUUCACACAGAGCCUGAUAAGCCAAGGGACCAUGCUGAAACUCUGAAAUAUGCAGUAGAGGCAGAGACAACUAAUAAAACUACAUGUGGUGUAAAAGGGUUUAGUGUGAUGUCUCGUUUGCCAAAUUUUGAUGUUAUCCGUUCAGUUUCUAUAGAUUAUAUGCAUUGUGUUUUAUUGGGAGUUCAGAAGAUGCUGCUCCAUUUGUGGUUAGACAGUAGUAACAAAUCAGAGCCAUAUUAUAUUGGAAAUUACAUGUCUGUGUUAGAUGAUAGAAUUAAAGCAUUAACUCCUCCAAAUGUAAUAAACCGCUCACCAAGGGCUUUUACUGAACUUAAGCACUGGAAAGCUUCUGAAUUCAGAUCAAUUCUUUUAUUUCAUUCUGUAGCUUGUUUAGUAGGCAUCCUACCAUAUGAAUAUCUUAGUCAUUACUUUUUUCUUGUAGAAUCAAUUUACCUUCUCCUCAAAUCUAGUAUAACCACUGCUGAUGUAGCAAGAGCAAGAGUUCUCUUGAAGUUAUUUUGUGCCCAGAUUGAUUGCUUGUAUUCACCUCGGAAUGAAACAUACAAUGUACACUGCCUUGUUCAUUUAUGUGACAAGGUGACUGAAUUGGGUCCCUUAUGGACACAGUCUUGUUUUUUUUAUGAAGACCUUAAUGGAGAUUUGAGAAAACUUUUCCAUGGGACAAGCUCUGUGGAAUUACAGAUUUCAUCUGCUGUUGUUAUUCACCAACAAUUACCAGAAUUAGUAAAGCAAUUACUUCCAGGUACAGAAGCUGAGAUAUUCUAUUUUAAGUUGGCAAAGAAAACAUUACCUCACAACAGGUCACUGCUUUUUGGACACAAUUAUGCAAUAGGACAUUUUGUUAGCUGUAAUCUUUUAGAUAGAACUAGACAACUAAUAGAAGAUAUUUGUGGCCCAAUCAAAAGAGUACAACAAUUUUGCCGCCUUCUCAUGAAUGGCAUCACCUUUCAAUCUCUUUCGUACAGGAAUGUGACGAAGAGAAAUAGUUACACUGUUAGAUGUUUAAGUAGAGAAAAUGGUAUUAUUGGACAAAUACAAUAUUUUUUAAAAGUAGAGGACUGCACAGCUGAAAUUAAAUACCUAGCCAUCUUAAAGGAGUUAGAAGUAGAAAUUAGUGAAAUAAAGCUACCACGCCAUUUUAAUCUAGUUAAAAUUACAGACAAUGAUAGAGUUGUAGAAAUACAGGACAUAAAAGAAAUGCUCUACUUUAGCAAAUGUGUAGCUCUAGAUAAGUGUUUUGUUUGCAGCAUGCCCAUGACAAAAGAGCAUGAUUGAAGCUUUAACUUUUUGUAACUACAUGUGUUAUCUGUGUCAAUUAAAUAUACCAAAGUCAUAUUCAAAAAGAUUUUAGCAGUUUGUUAGCAGUGUUUAAAUUGGCAGUUGUGAACAGUGCAAU